AUGGCUUUGACGUACCAGCAGAUGGCAGCGGUGCCAGGAAACGGUGUCCAAGGUAUGGCAGUCCAGUUUGCGGCUCCGGCUCCCGGGACGGUGCCUGCAGUUUCCGGACGUGUGCCUUCUCGGACGCUCUUGGCCGGGCGUCCAAGCUACGUGCAGCAGUUUCCGACCAAGGUGCAGUCGAACUUUUACAGAGCCCCAAGUUUCCACAAAGGGACCCAGGCCACCACCCAAAUGACCUUUGCUUACCCGGCUAAGUUCGGGACCCUGGGGUCUACGGGCCCUGGCCCUGCCCGGCAGACGAUGCCGGCCUCAAGAAGCCGCUGCUAUCCUCUCGACCCGGCCAGGAUUCAGCAGUUGCCAUCUCCAGCUCAAGAUCUUGCAGAGGCCACUCGUAAAGUCCAAGAGAAGCCGCCCCAGAAAGCCACCAAAGUCGACGAGAAGCUGGUUCAGGUGGAGGAUCUGAAGUCCACCGAGGUGGAUGCCGGGAGCUGGCGAUGGAUCCUGACACUUUCCACACCGGACAAAGAGGACGUGAAGCCAAACGAGGAUGCAGAAGAGGCCAACCAGUGGAUCGUCUCUCUCGCACGACCGGCCGGCAAGGAUGCGAUGCCCGUUGCAGCCCACUGA